AUGGAAAAUGAAUUAUGUGACAACCAAAAUAAACGCAAGUCAGAGUUGCUUAGAACAGAUUUUCCUGAUGAAAAUCUGAAAGAGAUGAGGAAAAUAUCAUACCACUGUGAUAUCUGUAAAAAGUCAUUCACUCAGAAAAAGAAAGGUGCUUUAACUCAGCACAAACGUACUCAUACAGGAGUGAAGCCAUAUAAUUGUAAUAUCUGUGGAAGUGCCUUAACUAAACACAAACAUGUUCAUACUGGAGUAAAGCCUUAUCACUGUAAUAUCUGUGGUAAAAUGUUCUCGGGAUGCAGCAACUUGACUAUUCACAAACGGAUUCAUACUGGAGAAAGGCCAUAUCACUGUGAUAUCUGUGGUAAAUCUUUCUCUGUAACUAGUCGUUUAACUAAUCAUAAACGCAUUCAUACUGGAGAGAAGCCAUAUUGUUGCAAUGUGUGUAAGCUGUAUAAUCAGGAAUGUCAGAAAAUAACCUAUUUUAUAAUACUGAUUGAAGGAAAAUGGCCUACUGUCAAUAACUUGCCCAUAGAUAGUUUUGAUGAGUGGAAAUUGCAGACUUCAUGGUCCUGUUAUAUCCUAAGCAUACUUGCAAAAACCCAGUAA